CACUAUCCCUAGCUUAGAGUGCCCGCAUUCGCCACCCUGGUGUCAAUUUUGUUUGGUUUGAGGCCAGACAGAAGAGUCAUUAAUUUUAAACAAAGGACCACGCUCAGGACAUUCAUCCCGAGGUCAGACAAAGCCGCAUCUCGCUUUCCCCACGGUGAAGUGAAAGUUUCUCGCCUGUCGCGUCUCAACAUCCGAAGUGACCGGACAUGAACAAGCGCAACCAUAUCCGCCUGCCGCCAGAGGUGAAUCGGCUGCUGUACGUGCGGAAUUUGCCGUACAAAAUCACAUCCGAUGAAAUGUACGACAUAUUCGGCAAGUUUGGAGCCAUCCGCCAGAUUCGUGUGGGCAACACACCGGAGACCCGUGGCACUGCCUUCGUAGUCUACGAGGAUAUUUUUGACGCGAAGAACGCCUGUGACCAUCUAUCGGGCUUCAACGUGUGCAAUCGCUACCUGGUGGUGCUCUACUACCAGUCCAACAAGGCCUUCAAGCGAGUGGACAUGGACAAAAAGCAGGAGGAGCUGAACAACAUCAAGGCCAAGUACAAUCUGAAGACGCCGGAGGCUCCGUAAACCAUCCAGCGGCAGGCGGACCAUUUCCAUCAAAAAUUUUCCACUGUUUAGGGAACUUCUUGCUCUAUGCUAUAUACCUAUACGUAUACAAAAUUUUUGCUAUCUACUUGUAGAUUUUUUUGAUCGCAUUUUGUAUCAUUUGAAUCUAAUCAUUAUCAUCCAUCCAUCACUCCAUCUAUCAUAUGAGCGGCCGAGCAUAGUCAUCUGCGCAGCCAUUUGUGAGGUGUCUGCCCGGUUGUUUGCAAUCAUUUUACAACAUUAAGCCCACUCUCUCAUCAAAAAUAACAAGCAAGUAAAUGUAAAAAUACAAAAAAUUGA